AUGAAGAUCACAAUUAUCUUCCUGACUGUGCUCAGCACCGUUUUCCUGCUAUCUUCUGCCGCACCUGCACCAUUAUUAGGAAUAGGUAAAAUCACUAGAGUUUUGGGCAAUGUUGUUAAGACAGUUGGUGCUAAUACUGGUGAAGUCAUCAGACAAGUUGGCACCAUCACUGAUAAUACCGUUAAACAUGUCACCGGUAAAAUCGUCAACGAUGUUAAGACAACCGUAAGUAAAAUUGGGAAAGGUGUGGAGGCUGUCAAAUCCACAGUUCAAGCUAAAGCAAACUGCGCUGAAGAUUCUCUGAAACAAUUAGUCUACGAAAGAAUCAAAAUUAGUGAAGAAGUCUUAGCUAAAGUUAUACAAACUGUUAAAAAUGCUUUGGCUAAAGCUUGUGAUAAAAAUAGAGAAGGUCUAACUAAAGUGAGUGACUGGUUAAAGAGUUUUAAGAGUCUAGUUACUACAGUACACGACAAACUCAAGAAAGUGGUCAAUGGUGGUUCUCAAGCAGCUCGCGAUGAACUUGUCGCUGAAAUGAACAUAGCUAUUAAAGAAACUAAGGCCACUCUGGCUAGCUUCAAAAACAUUCCAGACGCCGUCAAAACAGUCUUGAACAAGGGAAUAGGAACCAUCUUGGAUAAUGCAACCGUUGUUGUUAAAGCCCUCAAGGGCACAUCGUCCCAAGAUUCUCUGAAACAAUUAACUUACGAACUAAUCAAAAGCAGCGAAGAUCUUCUAGCUAAGGUUAUAAAAUCUGUUAAAACUGCUUUGUCUAAAGCUUCUAAAGAAGAUAGAGAAGGUCUCACCCAAGUGACUGAGUGGUUAAAGAGCUUUAAAAGCCUAGUCGCUACAAUACACGAUAAACUCAAGAAAGUGGUCAAUGGUGGUUCUCAAGCAGCUCGUGAUAAAGUUAUCGUUGAAUUGAAUACAGCUAUUGAAGAAACUAAGGCAGCUCUGGAUAGCUUCACAAACAUUCAGGAAGCCGUCAAAGCCGUCUUGGACAAGGGAAUAGGAGCUAUCUUGGCUAAUGCAGCUCGUGAACUUGAAGCUCUCAAGGGUUCAUCGUCUACAGGAAACAGUGCUGAAGAUUCUCUGAAGCAAUUAACCUACGAACUAAUCAAAAACAGUGAAGAUCGUCUAGCUAAGGUUAUAACAUUUGUUAGAGAUGCUUGCGCUAAAGCUUCUGAUGAAGAUAGAGAAGGUCUCACCCAAGUGACUGAGUGGUUAAAGAGCUUUAAAAGCCUAGUCGCUACAAUACACGAUAAACUCAAGAAAGUGGUCAGUGGUGGUUCUCAAGCAGCUCGUGAUAAAGUUAUCGUUGAAUUGAAUACAGCUAUUGAAGAAACUAAGGCAGCUCUGGAUAGCUUCACAAACAUUCAGGAAGCCGUCAAAGCCGUCUUGGACAAGGGAAUAGGAGCUAUCUUGGCUAAUGCAGCUCGUGAACUUGAAGCUCUCAAGGGUUCAUCGUCUACAGGAAACAGUGCUGAAGAUUCUCUGAAGCAAUUAACCUACGAACUAAUCAAAAACAGUGAAGAUCGUCUAGCUAAGGUUAUAACAUUUGUUAAAACUGCUUUGUCUAAAGCUUCUGAUGAAGAUAGAGAAGGUCUCACCCAAGUGACUGAGUGGUUAAAGAGCUUUAAAAGCCUAGUCGCUACAAUACACGAUAAACUCAAGAAAGUGGUCAAUGGUGGUUCUCAAGCAGCUCGUGAUAAAGUUAUCGUUGAAUUGAAUACAGCUAUUGAAGAAACUAAGGCAGCUCUGGAUAGCUUCAAAAACAUUACGGACGCCGUCAAAGCCGUCUUGGACAAGGGAAUAGGAGCUAUCUUGGCUAAUGCAGCUCGUGAACUUGAAGCUCUCAAGGGUUCAUCGUCUACAGGAAACAGUGCUGAAGAUUCUCUGAAACAAUUAACCUACGAACUAAUCAAAAACAGUGAAGAUCGUCUAGCUAAGGUUAUAACAUUUGUUAAAACUGCUUUGUCUAAAGCUUCUGAUGAAGAUAGAGAAGGUCUCACCCAAGUGACUGAGUGGUUAAAGAGCUUUAAAAGCCUAGUCGCUACAAUACACGAUAAACUCAAGAAAGUGGUCAAUGGUGGUUCUCAAGCAGCUCGUGAUAAAGUUAUCGUUGAAUUGAAUACAGCUAUUGAAGAAACUAAGGCAGCUCUGGAUAGCUUCACAAACAUUCAGGUAGCCGUCAAAGCCGUCUUGGACAAGGGAAUAGGAGCUAUCUUGGCUAAUGCAUCUCGUGAACUUGAAGCUCUCAAGGGUUCAUCGUCUACAGGAAACAGUGCUGAAGAUUCUCUGAAGCAAUUAACCUACGAACUAAUCAAAAGCAGCGAAGAUCUUCUAGCUAAGGUUAUAAAAUCUGUUAAAACUGCUUUGUCUAAAGCUUCUAAAGAAGAUAGAGAAGGUCUCACCCAAGUGACUGAGUGGUUAAAGAGUUUUAAAAGCCUAGUCGCUACAAUACACGAUAAACUCAAGAAAGUGGUCAAUGGUGAUUCUCAAGCAGCUCGUGAUAAAGUUAUCGUUGAAUUGAAUACAGCUAUUGAAGAAACUAAGGCAGCUCUGGAUAGCUUCACAAACAUUCAGGAAGCCGUCAAAGCCGUCUUGGACAAGGGAAUAGGAGCUAUCUUGGCUAAUGCAGCUCGUGAACUUGAAGCUCUCAAGGGUUCAUCGUCUACAGGAAACAGUGCUGAAGAUUCUCUGAAGCAAUUAACCUACGAACUAAUCAAAAGCAGUGAAGAUCGUCUAGCUAAGGUUAUAACAUUUGUUAAAACUGCUUUGUCUAAAGCUUCUGAUGAAGAUAGAGAAGGUCUCACCCAAGUGACUGAGUGGUUAAAGAGCUUUAAAAGCCUAGUCGCUACAAUACACGAUAAACUCAAGAAAGUGGUCAAUGGUGGUUCUCAAGCAGCUCGUGAUAAAGUUAUCGUUGAAUUGAAUACAGCUAUUGAAGAAACUAAGGCAGCUCUGGAUAGCUUCACAAACAUUCAGGAAGCCGUCAAAGCCGUCUUGGACAAGGGAAUAGGAGCUAUCUUGGCUAUUGCAGCUCGUGAACUUGAAGCUCUCAAGGGUUCAUCGUCUACAGGAAACAGUGCUGAAGAUUCUCUGAAGCAAUUAACCUACGAACUAAUCAAAAGCAGUGAAGAUCGUCUAGCUAAGGUUAUAACAUUUGUUAAAACUGCUUUGUCUAAAGCUUCUGAUGAAGAUAGAGAAGGUCUCACCCAAGUGACUGAGUGGUUAAAGAGUUUUAAAAGCCUAGUCGCUACAAUACACGAUAAACUCAAGAAAGUGGUCAAUGGUGGUUCUCAAGCAGCUCGUGAUAAAGUUAUCGUUGAAUUGAAUACAGCUAUUGAAGAAACUAAGGCAGCUCUGGAUAGCUUCAAAAACAUUACGGACGCCGUCAAAGCCGUCUUGGACAAGGGAAUAGGAGCUAUCUUGGCUAAUGCAGCUCGUGAACUUGAAGCUCUCAAGGGUUCAUCGUCUACAGGAAACAGUGCUGAAGAUUCUCUGAAGCAAUUAACCUACGAACUAAUCAAAAGCAGCGAAGAUCUUCUAGCUAAGGUUAUAAAAUCUGUUAAAACUGCUUUGUCUAAAGCUUCUAAAGAAGAUAGAGAAGGUCUCACCCAAGUGACUGAGUGGUUAAAGAGUUUUAAAAGCCUAGUCGCUACAAUACACGAUAAACUCAAGAAAGUGGUCAAUGGUGGUUCUCAAGCAGCUCGUGAUAAAGUUAUCGUUGAAUUGAAUACAGCUAUUGAAGAAACUAAGGCAGCUUUGGAUAGCUUCACAAACAUUCAGGAAGCCGUCAAAGCCGUCUUGGACAAGGGAAUAGGAGCUAUCUUGGCUAAUGCAGCUCGUGAACUUGAAGCUCUCAAGGGUUCAUCGUCUACAGGAAACAGUGCUGAAGAUUCUCUGAAGCAAUUAACCUACGAACUAAUCAAAAACAGUGAAGAUCGUCUGGCUAAGGUUAUAACAUUUGUUAAAUCUGCUUUGUCUAAAGCUUUUGAUGAAGAUAGAGAAGGUCUCAUUCAAGUGACUGAGUGGUUAAAGAGCUUUAAAAGCCUAGUCGCUACAAUACACGAUAAACUCAAGAAAGUGGUCAAUGGUGGUUCUCAAGCAGCUCGUGAUAAAGUUAUCGUUGAAUUGAAUACAGCUAUUGAAGAAACUAAGGCAGCUCUGGAUAGCUUCACAAACAUUCAGGAAGCCGUCAAAGCCGUCUUGGACAAGGGAAUAGGAGCUAUCUUGGCUAAUGCAGCUCGUGAACUUGAAGCUCUCAAGGGUUCAUCGUCUACAGGAAACAGUGCUGAAGAUUCUCUGAAGCAAUUAACCUACGAACUAAUCAAAAGCAGUGAAGAUCGUCUAGCUAAGGUUAUAACAUUUGUUAAAACUGCUUUGUCUAAAGCUUCUGAUGAAGAUAGAGAAGGUCUCACCCAAGUGACUGAGUGGUUAAAGAGUUUUAAAAGCCUAGUCGCUACAAUACACGAUAAACUCAAGAAAGUGGUCAAUGGUGGUUCUCAAGCAGCUCGUGAUAAAGUUAUCGUUGAAUUGAAUACAGCUAUUGAAGAAACUAAGGCAGCUCUGGAUAGCUUCACAAACAUUCAGGUAGCCGUCAAAGCCGUCUUGGACAAGGGAAUAGGAGCUAUCUUGGCUAAUGCAGCUCGUGAACUUGAAGCUCUCAAGGGUUCAUCGUCUACAGGAAACAGUGCUGAAGAUUCUCUGAAGCAAUUAACCUACGAACUAAUCAAAAACAGUGAAGAUCGUCUAGCUAAGGUUAUAACAUUUGUUAGAGAUGCUUGCGCUAAAGCUUCUGAUGAAGAUAGAGAAGGUGUCACCCAAGUGACUGAGUGGUUAAAGAGCUUUAAAAGCCUAGUCGCUACAAUACACGAUAAACUCAAGAAAGUGGUCAAUGGUGGUUCUCAAGCAGCUCGUGAUAAAGUUAUCGUUGAAUUGAAUACAGCUAUUGAAGAAACUAAGGCAGCUCUGGAUAGCUUCACAAACAUUCAGGAAGCCGUCAAAGCCGUCUUGGACAAGGGAAUAGGAGCUAUCUUGGCUAAUGCAGCUCGUGAACUUGAAGCUCUCAAGGGUUCAUCGUCUACAGGAAACAGUGCUGAAGAUUCUCUGAAGCAAUUAACCUACGAACUAAUCAAAAACAGUGAAGAUCGUCUAGCUAAGGUUAUAACAUUUGUUAAAACUGCUUUGUCUAAAGCUUCUGAUGAAGAUAGAGAAGGUCUCACCCAAGUGACUGAGUGGUUAAAGAGCUUUAAAAGCCUAGUCGCUGCAAUACACGAUAAACUCAAGAAAGUGGUCAAUGGUGGUUCUCAAGCAGCUCGUGAUAAAGUUGUCGUUGAAUUGAAUACAGCUAUUGAAGAAACUAAGGCAGCUCUGGAUAGCUUCACAAACAUUCAGGAAGCCGUCAAAGCCGUCUUGGACAAGGGAAUAGGAGCUAUCUUGGCUAAUGCAGCUCGUGAACUUGAAGCUCUCAAGGGUUCAUCGUCUACAGGAAACAGUGCUGAAGAUUCUCUGAAGCAAUUAACCUACGAACUAAUCAAAAACAGUGAAGAUCGUCUAGCUAAGGUUAUAACAUUUGUUAAAACUGCUUUGUCUAAAGCUUCUGAUGAAGAUAGAGAAGGUCUUACCCAAGUGACUGAGUGGUUAAAGAGCUUUAAAAGCCUAGUCGCUACAAUACACGAUAAACUCAAGAAAGUGGUCAGUGGUGGUUCUCAAGCAGCUCGUGAUAAAGUUAUCGUUGAAUUGAAUACAGCUAUUGAAGAAACUAAGGCAGCUCUGGAUAGCUUCACAAACAUUCAGGAAGCCGUCAAAGCCGUCUUGGACAAGGGAAUAGGAGCUAUCUUGGCUAAUGCAGCUCGUGAACUUGAAGCUCUCAAGGGUUCAUCGUCUACAGGAAACAGUGCUGAAGAUUCUCUGAAGCAAUUAACCUACGAACUAAUCAAAAACAGUGAAGAUCGUCUAGCUAAGGUUAUAACAUUUGUUAAAACUGCUUUGUCUAAAGCUUCUGAUGAAGAUAGAGAAGGUCUCACCCAAGUGGCUGAGUGGUUAAAGAGCUUUAAAAGCCUAGUCGCUACAAUACACGAUAAACUCAAGAAAGUGGUCAAUGGUGGUUCUCAAGCAGCUCGUGAUAAAGUUAUCGUUGAAUUGAAUACAGCUAUUGAAGAAACUAAGGCAGCUCUGGAUAGCUUCACAAACAUUCAGGAAGCCGUCAAAGCCGUCUUGGACAAGGGAAUAGGAGCUAUCUUGGCUAAUGCAGCUCGUGAACUUGAAGCUCUCAAGGGUUCAUCGUCUACAGGAAACAGUGCUGAAGAUUCUCUGAAGCAAUUAACCUACGAACUAAUCAAAAACAGUGAAGAUCGUCUAGCUAAGGUUAUAACAUUUGUUAGAGAUGCUUGCGCUAAAGCUUCUGAUGAAGAUAGAGAAGGUCUCACCCAAGUGACUGAGUGGUUAAAGAGCUUUAAAAGCCUAGUCGCUACAAUACACGAUAAACUCAAGAAAGUGGUCAAUGGUGGUUCUCAAGCAGCUCGUGAUAAAGUUAUCGUUGAAUUGAAUACAGCUAUUGAAGAAACUAAGGCAGCUCUGGAUAGCUUCACAAACAUUCAGGAAGCCGUCAAAGCCGUCUUGGACAAGGGAAUAGGAGCUAUCUUGGCUAAUGCAGCUCGUGAACUUGAAGCUCUCAAGGGUUCAUCGUCUACAGGAAACAGUGCUGAAGAUUCUCUGAAGCAAUUAACCUACGAACUAAUCAAAAACAGUGAAGAUCGUCUAGCUAAGAUUAUAACAUUUGUUAAAACUGCUUUGUCUAAAGCUUCUGAUGAAGAUAUAGAAGGUCUCACCCAAGUGACUGAGUGGUUAAAGAGCUUUAAAAGCCUAGUCGCUACAAUACACGAUAAACUCAAGAAAGUGGUCAAUGGUGGUUCUCAAGCAGCUCGUGAUAAAGUUAUCGUUGAAUUGAAUACAGCUAUUGAAGAAACUAAGGCAGCUCUGGAUAGCUUCACAAACAUUCAGGAAGCCGUCAAAGCCGUCUUGGACAAGGGAAUAGGAGCUAUCUUGGCUAAUGCAGCUCGUGAACUUGAAGCUCUCAAGGGUUCAUCGUCUACAGGAAACAGUGCUGAAGAUUCUCUGAAGCAAUUAACCUACGAACUAAUCAAAAACAGUGAAGAUCGUCUAGCUAAGGUUAUAACAUUUGUUAGAGAUGCUUGCGCUAAAGCUUCUGAUGAAGAUAGAGAAGGUCUCACCCAAGUGACUGAGUGGUUAAAGAGCUUUAAAAGCCUAGUCGCUACAAUACACGAUAAACUCAAGAAAGUGAUCAAUGGUGGUUCUCAAGCAGCUCGUGAUAAAGUUAUCGUUGAAUUGAAUACAGCUAUUGAAGAAACUAAGGCAGCUCUGGAUAGCUUCACAAACAUUCAGGAAGCCGUCAAAGCCGUCUUGGACAAGGGAAUAGGAGCUAUCUUGGCUAAUGCAGCUCGUGAACUUGAAGCUCUCAAGGGUUCAUCGUCUACAGGAAACAGUGCUGAAGAUUAUCUAAAAGAGUUAGUUUAUGAACGAAUAAAAAUUAGUGAAGAAGUUCUAGCUAAGGUUAUAAAAGCAGUUAAAAAUGCUUUAGCUAACGCUUCUGGUGAAGAUAGAGAACGUCUAAGUCAAGUAACUGAGUGGUUAAACAGUUUUGAAAGCUUAGUCACAACAGUAGGCAAUAAACUCAAGGAAGUUGUCAAAGGUGGCUGUGAAGUAGCUCGUUCAGAAGUUAUCAUUCAAAUAGAGACAGCUAUUGAAGAAACUAAAGCCGCUCUCACUUACUUCGAAAACAUUCCAGAAGACGUCAAUGCAUGCUUAAACAAGAGAAUAGGAACCAUUAUAGCUAAUGCGGUAGAUGUAAUCAAAGCACUUGAAAGAGAGAACGAUGUAAAUGUAACUCUGAAACAAUCAGUCUAUGAACGAAUCGAAUCUAACGCAGGCGCUUUAGAGGAAGCCAAAAAUGCUGUAGCAAAUGGCUUGGCUAGCACUGAUGGUGUUGAAAACGAGAAUCUAACCGAAGUUAGUGACUGGUUGAACUAUUUAGAAGAACUUUUCCUUACACUAAUAAGUGAACUCAAAAAAGUGGUUAACAGAAAAUCUUUGGAAGGUCGUGAUGAUGUUGUAAGUGAGUUGGAAAUGGCUAAUCAAGACACUAAGACAGCUUUGGCUAGUUUUGACUAUAUUCCGGAAGAAGUCAGGAAUGUCUUGGAUGAACAAAUUGGAAUCAUGUUGACUAAUUGUGAUUUUGUUGCUGAAGAACUAAGCAGGGCUUAA